AUGGCGACACCAUCGGCCAAACCUGGCGCCACGCCCACUCAUCUCUCUUCUCCUCAUCCCACCUCCGCGCCUUUAUCCCGAUCUCUAGCCCACAAGUCGCCGUCGAUGAGGACACCCACAGGCUCAGGGCCUGCUCAAGGGCAUCAGAACAGUAUCUCUUCUCAUCAAUAUUCUACGCCCCUCGCUGUGACAAGUGGAGUCGACGACCCUGUUAAUUUCAGCUCGCCCUCCGCUCUCUUGGCUCUUGGCGGGUAUACUGGCAUCAGUCCUUCGCCUGCAGUGCAUGAUGGUCUUGGUGCAGGUAUGAACGAAAACGAUAUUCAAAAUCUCGGCAUGCAGGGCAUCAAGCUCGGGGUUGCGCGCGAUAACGACGAAGAGCAGAGGCACCGCAUUGACGAAGUUGUUCAGUUACUGCGUGCACGCGUUUCCGGCAGAGGUGUUUCUCGCGAAAGCGUCGAGCGGAUCAGUCGACUUGAAGGGUUUGAAUCGAUUUGGCAAGAUGAUAAUCUCAACAUCGCUGGCAAUUUCGUGGAUCUGGAGGUCGACUUCUACCCGGGUCUUGAUGUCGUCAAAGACGUCAGUCUUCGAUACGCUACACCUGAAUACACAGAAGGCGUGCGGCGCGAAGAAGCCACCUCUGUCUUGAAGCGCACCCUUGCCCAGUCACCAGAAGACGCUGAACGCGGAAAGUGGAGGUCACUUCAAGAAUUUCACGACAAUCUACAAUGGCUUGCGAACCUUGACAAGCUCAGUCAGGAGGUUAACUGUUUCGAGGCACUCGAGAACCUUGAAGAAAAUUUCAGGCGGAUUUGGGUAGAGGAAAGCAAAAUGGGGAAACACGGUGGUGAUUACCAGCACCUUUGCGCGGGUGUCCUCGGGCGGCCCAGAAUGCACAAGGGGACGCGAAUUGGGCUUGGCUUGGAGUAUUGGGUCGAGCAAGCCAAAGUCCUGGAUGCAAAGAAAAGACGUCAAUCCCCAGAUGCCAUGGAGAUUGAUCAGGAACAGGACCAGGGUUCCAAUAAUGAGCUGGAGGAGCAAGACAGGUCAUGGACUGUUAUGGUCGAAUGUGAAGCGGGAUAUCCCUCCCUGCGCAUCUCCAAGGAAUGGGUCGGGAGCGAGGCCUUCACUGCAGGUGAAAGCAACGAAUCGCUUCCUUCAAAUGGUGCCGCAGGCUCUGUUAACUGGCUUGAUCCUCCGCAGACAAUGCGCUUGACACAUGGCAACCAUGAUCCCAUGGCCCUGGACUCCAGCAUGCUUGAGUCAUCGCCACCGCACCGCCGUUUCGUCGCUAAGCUCGAGCCUGCACUCGACGUCCCCAUCCUCGCAGCCUCGGAUAUCUAUCGGCACCUCGGUAUGCAAUUACCACAGGAGUUUAAAAUGGUCACGUACGAUGCGUUGCUAGUGUCAGAGUCUUCAAAUUUGUCUUCGUCGGGCUCGUCUCCUCAUGUUGGCCAAAGGAAGCGCCGGAUGCCAGUGCAAGCCAUUGACGCGAAGGGCGAGCAGUACACAAAACAACAUAACUAUACAUUCCAAGCCUUUGAGUCUGUGACUGGCCGUACUAUCCACGAGCUGCCAUUUUCGCAUCCUCGACAACUUGCAGAUAUUCUUCCGAUUCUCCGGCAAUAUGCAUUGCUAGCCAACUUGAUCCGGAAAACAUUCCAAUUACCAGAGAAGGAAAACAGCAAUACAGAUGGAGCAUCAAGCCCAACCCCCAAAAAGCCUCUUGCACCUUCGGUACACACUUCAGACAUUUUCGCCGAUCAGGAUGGUCCUAUAAUCUUGAACAACGAUGACCCCAAUGAAGAUAGAUUAAAUGCUCUGCUGGGUUUGAGCAACCCAGAUGGGAGCAAACAUGAAUCUGGAAUUGAUGCUUCAACUCCCUCCAGUGAAGGAUGGAGUCCUAGGCGGCUUUAUAUGGACCAUGUCAAAGUGGAUGUCACCCUGCGUACUCAGCUCGGUCAAUCGCCUGCUCUUAUGUUGCUGAUCACAGAUCAUAAGGACUACAACGAGCAUUCUACCUCUGAAUCCGUUGAAACUCCCCGUCGGAUCACAAUUUGCUUCGAAGUUGGGCUUAACGGCCAAAUCUCGGUCUUUGAGACAGCAGGAUUGGUCGAUGGCGGGAAUGGCGGGAAUGGCGGCGAUUCCGAAAUGCAAGACACAGAUGACUCUAGCUCCGGGGCUAGGGAUGUCCAAAAGCAAAUUGCUAGAGUGCUUGAAGUCUCCCAAGACUUGGGCAUCGUUGUUGAGUGGGUUUUACGCUGGCUGCAGCAACGUGCUGGCAGCGGGUAA